GGUGAAGAGAUCAGGCUGGUCAAUGGCACUAGUCUCUGCUCGGGGACAGUAGAGAUUCUUUACAAGGGCCAGUGGGGAAGAGUGUGUGGUCAGAAGUGGGACGUAAACGAUGCCAAUGUGGUGUGUGGCCAGCUGGGCUGUGGAAGGACUGUGAGUUUCCAAGGUACUGCCCACGUAGGUCAGGGUAGUGGUGGCAGACCUACUUGGCUGGAUGAUGUUGGGUGUAACGGCAGUGAGAGCUCCCUCACAGAAUGCUCACAUGGAGGAUUGAAACACCAUGACUGUUUACAGUCUCAAGACGCCAGAGUUGUCUGCUCAGGUAAAAGUCCCUGGGUUGCUAUUGUGGUUGAUAAAAGUCAAAUUACAGUUCAUUAUGCUUGUGUCAACUUGCCAUUGAUUUAGUUGAAUGUGCUACUGAAAUGCAUUUAUUUUCUCCUUAAUUUUCUCCUUUUCUAAUUUUCUUUCAUUCCUAGUUAAACCUAACGUCAGACUGGUCAAUGGGAGUGACCACUGCUCUGGGAGGGUGGAGGUCUAUCAAAUUGGUCACUGGCGAACCGUGUGUGAUGACGUGUGGGACUUGAAUGACACUGCUGUGGUGUGUAGACAGCUGGGCUGUGGGAGAGCUGAUAGUGCCACAGAGAGGGCCUACUUUGGUCAGGGCAGUGGGUCCAUCUGGCAGGAUGAUGUUGGCUGCUCUGGCAGUGAGUGCUCCAUCACACAGUGCCCACACACAGGAGGAGGAACACAUGACUGUAAUCAUGGUAACGACGCAGGUGUUAUUUGUUCAGGUAAGGGAGUCUCUUUGCCUUGUCUAGACUAGAGUUUUAUCAGGGUUUGGUUUGAAUGGUUUGAAUUGUGCAAAAAGGUCUCAUCAUAGAGAAAAUCCUAAAAAGCAUAUUACUGCAGUAUUAUUGCCUGCUCUGCCACCUAGUGGAGAGUUGACUGUUGCAGAAAUAACCUUAACCCAAGCCAGACUUGGUGAUAUGUGACCAGAUGGGGGCAGCCUAGAACAGAGCAUGUGGCUAAUACAGUAUGAAGACCAGCAGAUAGGUUGUGAUUACUGUUGCCUCACUAAACUACCUGUUAUUUGACCAACAGGUGUUGUCUUGCAGAAGCCUUCACUCUCCACAGACCCGGCCUAUUCUGCCUUCUUGCAUGGAGAGGAGGUCCAUCUCACCUGCACUCUUCCAUCCUGUAUCCUCUGUAAUGCUGUGGAAUUCCUCUUCUAUCUGAAUAGAGACUCCAUCAUGUCCGUGACCGUUGGAUCCUCACAGCCCAGGGCUACUUUAACAAAGUUUAAGAUGGAUGCUUCACACCAGGGCAGUUACCGCUGUCUCUACAGAACCCUCUCCAACGGCCAAGUCAUCAGCUCCCCUUACAGCAACGUUACUAAAGGUGAGGUGGUAGUUGGGAAACAAGUGUUGCAUAAUCUACAGUGAGCUCCAAAAGUAUUGGGAGAGUGACAAAUGUUUUGUUUUGGCUCUGUACUACAGCACUUUAGAUUUGAAAAGAUACAAUGACUGAGGUCAAAGUGCAGACUGUCAGCUUUAAUUUGAGGGUAUGUUCCUAUAUAGUGGGCAAACCGUUUAGAAAUUAAAUACCAAAAGUAUUGGGACAAAUUCACUUCUACAGUAUGUUUAUUAAAGUAGUCAAAAGUUUAGUAAUUGGUCCCAUAUUCAUAGCACGCAAUGACUACAUCAAACUUGUGACUCUACACAUUUGUUGGAUGCAUUUGCUGUUUGCUUUGGUUGUGUUUCAGAUUAUUUUGUGGGGUAUGAUAUUUUUGCGUCUAACUUUCUCACUCAUCAUUAUUCACGAUUUAUUCAGGACUAUCCGUAAUCAUGGUAGCACAUUAAUAUAGAAAUGUUUAGAAACAUACUAUAUUCUUAUUUACAAUAAAAGUACAUCCAAAUUGACACAAUACAUUAUUUACCAUUCAUUUCUAUUGGGCACAAAAUCAUCUGAAACACAACCAAAGCAAAUGCAUCCAACAAAUGUCUAGAGUCACAAGUUUGAUGUAGUCAUUGCGUGCUAUGAAUAUAAUAAUAAUAAUAAUAAUAAUAUGCCAUUUAGCAGACGCUUUUAUCCAAAGCGACUUACAGUCAUGCGUGCAUACAUUUUUUGUGUAUGGGUGGUCCCGGGGAUCGAACCCACUACCUUGGCGUUACAAGCGCCGUGCUCUACCAGCUGAGCUACAGAGGACCAAAUACUAAACUCACUGUAUUUCUUUAUGAUUCAGAGCCUUGAUAGAGACAAGAGACUGACUACCUUGUCCAUCGCACACACAUUUCUCAGUUAGAAGGUAUGAAUAUGGAAUUACAUUACUGUCAAAUUGCUGUUUACUUUCUUUCCAGUGGUCCUGCUACAGCCCAACAUCUCUCUCAGUCCUCCAAAUGGAGGGAUGUUUUGGGAACCUCAGGGGCCAGAGGUGAUCAGGGGCCACAGCUUCUCCAUCACCUGCUCCAUUCAGCCACAGUAUCCUGGAGGCCUCUUCUAUCUGAACUUCUCUGGAUCCAACAGAACUGAGACUACGCCAGCAGUCAACCACUCUGCCUCUUUCCACUUCCCUGUUGCAGAGUAUAAAGACCAGGGGAAAUACAGCUGCAGCUAUGGAGUCAACGUCUCCACCCGGUUAUUCAGGUCGGCUAAUAGUGAACUAGCUGUCACCAUUAGAGGUAAAAUAACACAUGCUUAAAAAAAAAAGUAUUUAAAAUAGCUUUUACGUGAGAGAAAAGUCAUAGUAUUGUAACAUGACUUAUCAUCCUUCAUAUCACAUUUUUGUUUGUUUUUAUAUUCUAUUAAUUUGCCAUUUACAAGUCUUGAUCUGUAGGUC